UUUAUCAAAAAUUCGGAAUAUUUCACUAAUUUCAACCUUAAAAAAUAAUUAAUUAGAAUAUAAUUAAGGUUUUGUCUCCAUUAUUUGGGCGUGGCUUAAUGACGUAAGCUUUGAAAUUGAUGAGUCCAUCUUGGCACAUUGUAAAAAUUGUAAACAAAGUUUAAAGGGACAUAAAUUUUAAUUUGAAUACUUCAUUUUAGAAAUAAAUAUUUACAUUUAAGUGUAAAAUAUACAUUUAAUUCAGAAAUAUGCAAAGGAUGACAUAAUAUUGGUGAAGAAUAAAAACAUAUUUUUAUUAUUUUAAAGGAUAUUACUCUUUAGUUCCUUGGUUUUUUAGGUAUUUUUUGAUUUUAAGUUAUUAAUUAAUUUUAAAAAAUGGUGAAAGAUUUGAUGCCAAAAUUACAAGAGUAUCUUAAACGACAAGAUCAAACUUCACACAAUGUGGAUGGAUUACAAGAAUCUUUAAUAACAAAUUUUUUAACUAAAGCUGAACAAAUACAUUCAGCAAUUGAAGAAUUUGAAAGUAAAGUAAAAAGCAUUCAGUUAGAAUAUCGUUCUGUAUUAUUUAAUCCAUUUGCGGAUGAAGAAACCAAAAAGACAUUGGAGCAACAUGCUGCUGAAUUAUACAGAAAUGCAAACAGAAUAUCUACAGACUUAAAAGGUAUGAUUAGAGAUAUUAAGACCAGAUGUGCUGAAACUGCCAGUGAAGCAGAUAUCAGAGUGUAUGAAACACAGUACACUACUCUUCGUUCAAGAUUUGUUUCAGCAAUGGAAGAAUAUAUGAAAUGUCAAGUGGAAUAUAAAGAUGGAUGGAAAGAGAGAAUUCGCAGACAGUUUAUGAUUGCUGGUCAAGUAAUCACAGAAGAAGAAAUUGAAGAGAUGUUAGAUAGACCAGAAAGUUUCAGAGUUGGGUUUGUAGUAGACACAUCGAAAGCGAAACAGACUCUAUCAGAUAUUGAAGCACGAAAUGCAGAAAUAGAGAAGGUUGAAAAGAGCAUACAAGAAAUGCACAAUAUGUUUGUUGACUUUAGUAUAUUAGUUCAACAGCAAGGUAAAGUAAUUGAUAGAAUAGAAAGCAGAAUUAUUCGAAGUAGAACUGCUGUCGAGAAGGGCAACACACGUUUAGAAAAAGCUAGAAAAUUCAAAAAAAGAUGCAGAAGAAAUUUGAUUAUUGCAAUUGUGAUCAUUAUGAUAAUCUUGGCAAUAGUUCUGGCCCUCAUAUUUACUGUUUGAUUUCUGUAGUAACAAAGCCACUAAUAGUUAAAGAAAUAUAAUGAAAAUUACAGUUAGAAUAGAAUGCUUUGAUACAAGUUAACAUAAAGUAUAUUAAUAGUUAUAUGAUUUACAUAGCCAAUAAUUAAUUCUGGAUCUUUACAUAUUUUAAUUUUUUUUAUAAAUGAAAUUUUUAUAUUCAAAACUACCAGAAUCUAAAUUAGAAAUAUUAUGUAUAACGUUAUAGGAGUAAAUUUAUAAUCCGACAUUUUUCUGUGUGUUAAGACAUUAUUUUACGGGAUGGUUGAAGAUUCUGCUUAAUUUUUCAAGCACUAAGAGGCCAAGUCUCUUACCAGCUUGGUCAGAACCACAAUGGGAUAGCAUACGAUAUGGUACAGGAUCCUCUUAGUGAUCAUUUUCUGUGCCCAUGAUGGGUUCAACUAGAUCCACAGUGGGACAGAUGGGUGGAAGAGACAUCCAACACGUACAUAAGAUACCACCUACAAAAUUUUCUGAGAUUCCAACCUGGAUUUGAACAUUUGUUCUUUGGAGCAGCAGGCCAAUACCUUUACUCCCUUGGCUCUCCAGCCGACAUGAAAACAGUUCUUCCAGCCUAAAAUAGGAACUGCAAAACUAGUCAUUUAUUCAUGAAAAAUGAAUAAAUAGUCGAGCAAAGCUUUAAUUUUUAAUCAGUUGUAAAAUAGAAAUUGGAAAAAGAAACUAAGUUUCUUAAAUUAUAAUUCAGAAUUAAUGUAAAUUCAUGAUUAUAAAAAUGCAUUCUUUCUAAAAUUGUAAUCUAGAAUAACUUUUUGCAUUUAUCUAUUUAUUGUGAAGAUAAAGAUCCAAAUCAGGAAUGAAAGUGAACUUCUUAACACAGAAAUUAUUUUCAGUAUUACAAAUCCUUUAUCACAUAUGACAGUUUCAAAUAGUUGCUAUUGUGAAAUGUAUUUUUCUAUAAUAUAUUGUUAAUAUUGUAUAUUUUUUGUAAAAGUUUUAAAAUAAAUGUACCAUUUACAAGUUAUGUUUUUUGAUUUUUAACAUACUUAUAUGUCAAUUUUUGAUAUAAGAACUCUAUGAGGUUCAGUACGAAGAAUAUGAGAGGAGCAAUGAUGUUUCUGCACUUUGUUGAGUUGCUCAUCCUCAGAUCACUAGGAUGCUCUAGGUUCUCUAUUUAGCCAUCAUGUGAACAUCUAACAAAUGCGAUACAAUAUGCACCUUCUUCCAUUGAGCCAUGCAGAUGAGAAGCCACUAGAGCAGUGAUAGUUUGUGUGGCAAGGAAUCUCUUCUAGGAAUACAAGAUGCAAGACUUCUGUGAAGCACCUUUUUAAUCAAGGAACUAUUGUAGUUUAUGACAGUCAACAUUAGUGAAUCUUGUUGCCUUUGCUUGCAAAUACAUAAUUCGAUGGGUUGUGGCACACUUGCAAUUAGUGACUACAUAUUUGAAGGAAAGCUCUUCCCAAAUUCAUCUAAUAUUGGCAAUCCAUUCAUUUGUAUUUAUUUGGUCCACUUUCUCCAGUUUGUUUGUCAGAAACCAUACAUUUUCAACAGGACAAGUCUGGAGAGAAAAGCUGGCCACUAGUGUGGUCAAACCAGGAAUGGGUGACCUUGCAUCAUCUUGCAAUUGAAAACCAGGAUAUAACAUAGACAUAGGAAAUUCUUUGUAAAUACCUGUUACCAACUGUUUCAUCAUUGAUUAAUCUGAGUGAAUUUUAGUGUAUUUUAGCCAAAUUUAUUUAGUGUUAUUUUUAGAAAAUUCACUUAUUUUUAAAGUGGCCUGAAAAGUAGCAAGUUGCCCAAAUCUAGUAGCCUAGAGCUGUAUCUCAACCUGCUACUUGUAGCCCAAUCUUGUAAUUCUGAAACGAAGCUGUAUUUUAUGAGAUAAGAGAAAAAUGGGUAGUCCAUGGGCAAGGUAACACCUGAAAAUGCACUACUGUAAAAACAAAGGCAUGUUGACUAUAUUAGAGUUAUUCUCUUAUAUAAAACACUUUGAUCUAAAGGAAUGAGUUAACAUACUUAUAUCACAGUUCAGACUGAAUUUUCACUUUGAAUUUUGAACCAAAUUCCUUAACAUGUAAAUCUCUAUAUCCCUGGUAGGACAAACAGUACAGUUAUGACCUAAUGGGAUUUUGAACUAUCCAAGUUCAAAUGAAAAGGAUUUCCUGUAUAUGUAUGAAUGCAGUUUUUUUGAAAUACUUAAAGAUGUGUUAAAUAAUGCACAGAGCCAAAAAAUGACAGCACUUACCCAUGCACUGCACUAAAGGUUUAUUUUUUUAUAUUAACGUGCAAAAUUGGUAAUGAGCUUUCUGAUGAAGCCAUGCUACAUUACAAUCUUUGUAAUGCUCUCAAUUUCAUGCAAUUCAUUGUCUGUGUGGGAAACAAUUAACAAUGCAAUGCAUUGUUUCCACACAAUGUAUAGCAUAAAUGUUUACUUCAGUCUUCAAGCUAAUUUCCAUCAGCUGAGUGCAAACAAUUCACAUAUGCAGAAGCAUAAACAUGAAUUAACGGUGGGAAUUGGAGAAACAUAGUAAACAAACUAACUUGUAUCCAUAUUAAUUGUGUCAAAAAUUAGUAGUUUUACAUUGAAAACUUACCAAUACUUAUGUUUUUAGGAAAAUAAAUGCAUAUUACUAAAUAUCUUCGAAUGUAUUACAGACCUCUGGAUCUAGUCUGCGCACCUCCAGGGUCUAAAGAAAUACUGUGUUAAUCUGAUGUUUAAAACUGUUAUGUUUGUUGUUGAUACAAUGAUGAGAUGAAUUUAUCAAUUUCUAUGAAGGAGAUGUUACGGCACAAUCGUUGGGAAUUUUGAUAUUAUGUGCGUGGAUAAGCCUCAGUACAAGCAUUUAAAGAAGCAAGCUUCCAUCCUUUGCUCAGUAAACAUUUUCAAGAAAAUCAAAGUUAAAAACUCGUGAACAACUUAAGAUUAAGUUUCAUGGAAACU